CACUUGGGGUUUCAUGUAAAUCAACCAGACAUUCUGUCAUUCACCAGCAAUAUCUCUCCAUAGUAGUCUACACCAAUGUGCCUUCAUGAAAUAUUUCACUAUGUUUGUGGAAGAAAUAUUCAAAUGAACGUGCUUUUUCAGGAAUGGUGACACCAGAAUGUUACAAAUCUGUUCAUUACCACAACAAGGAUAAAUGGUAUUUCUGCCAAAGACUUGAUAACGGGUGCAGUAAUGCAUCUCAGCACUUUCUGAAAUUAAAGGUCUGCCCUGAGAGAAUUCGCAUGCUUGUCUAGAAAUACACCUUUAAAGGAUAAUCUCCCAGGACAUAGGCCCAGCCACAAAGAAGCCUGUCCAAGAGUUCAUUUCAAUUUUCUGCAAAGGAUUUAACAAUGGAAUACAAAAAUCUCAGGGUGCAGAGAGACUAAGAGAAAUUAUACAAAAAUUUCUACUGAAUGAAUUUCCCCACCUUCUUGGUGAUUGUACGUACACCUGCCUUCCUUAUAAGGAGAACAAGGAAGUAAAUCAUGUUGAAGUUGCUUUUAAACACAGCUUUCCUUCUUUACCUGUCCAGGUAGCCUGUUUUCAUUUCAGUCUUAAUGAAAACUUUUAAAUUUACAUCUCAAGUUUCUUUUCAAAGCAGCCGAGAACUGAAACGAAUGGGGAUUGAACUGCUUUGCCUGUUCUUUCUAUUUCUAGGAAGGAAUGAUCACGUACAAGGUGGCUGUGCUAUGGGAGGUGCAGAAACCUGUGAAGACUGCUUACUCAUUGGACCUCAGUGUGCCUGGUGUUCUCAGGAGAAUUUUACCCAUCCAUCUGGAAUUGGAGAAAGGUGUGAUACCCCAGCAACUCUUUUAGCUAAAGGAUGUCAACUAACUUUCAUCGAAAACCCUGUCUCCCAAAUAGAAAUACUUACAAAUAAGCCUCUCAGUGUAGGCAGACAGAAAAAUAGUUCUGACAUUGUUCAGAUUGCACCUCAAAGCUUGACUCUUAAAUUGAGACCAGGUAGUGAACAGACCCUGCAAGUGCAAGUCCGCCAGACAGAGGACUACCCAGUGGACUUGUAUUACCUCAUGGACCUCUCAGCCUCCAUGGAUGAUGACCUCAACACAAUCAAAGAGUUGGGCUCCCUGCUUUCCAAGGAGAUGUCUAAAUUAACCAGCAAUUUUAGACUGGGCUUCGGCUCUUUUGUGGAAAAACCCGUCUCCCCUUUUAUGAAAACAACACCAGAAGAAAUCGCCAACCCUUGCAGUAGUAUUCCAUACUUCUGCUUACCUACAUUUGGAUUCAAGCACAUUCUGCCAUUAACAAAUGAUGCUGAAAGAUUCAAUGAAAUUGUGAAGAAUCAGAAAAUUUCUGCUAAUAUUGAUACACCAGAAGGUGGAUUUGAUGCAAUUAUGCAAGCUGCUGUGUGUAAGGAAAAAAUUGGCUGGCGGAAUGACUCCCUCCAUCUCCUGGUCUUUGUGAGUGAUGCUGAUUCUCAUUUUGGAAUGGACAGCAAACUGGCAGGCAUCGUCAUUCCUAACGAUGGGCUCUGUCACUUGGACAACAAAAAUGAAUACUCCAUGUCAACUGUUUUGGAAUAUCCAACAAUUGGACAACUCAUUGAUAAACUGGUGCAAAAUAACGUGUUAUUAAUCUUUGCUGUAACCCAAGAACAAGUUCAUUUAUAUGAGAAUUAUGCAAAACUCAUUCCUGGAGCUACAGUAGGGCUACUUCAGAAGGACUCUGGAAACAUUCUCCAGCUGAUCAUCUCAGCUUACGAAGAACUCCGGUCUGAGGUGGAACUGGAAGUGUUAGGAGACACGGAGGGACUCAACCUGUCUUUCACAGCGAUCUGUAACAACGGUGCCCUCUUCCCGCACCAAAAGAAAUGCUCUCACAUGAAGGUGGGAGACACAGCUUCAUUCAACGUGACCGUGAGUAUACCAAACUGCGAGAGAAGAAACAGGCACAUUAUCGUAAAGCCCGUGGGGCUGGGGGACACCCUAGAAAUACUUGUCAGUCCGGAAUGCAACUGCAAUUGUCAGAAAGAAGUGGAAGUGAACAGCUCCAAAUGCCACAACGGGAACGGGUCCUUCCAGUGUGGUGUGUGUGCCUGCAACCCUGGCCACAUGGGUCCUCGCUGUGAGUGCGGGGAGGACAUGCUGAGCACAGACUCCUGCAAGGAGGCCCCGGAUCACCCCUCCUGCAGUGGAAGAGGCGACUGCUACUGUGGGCAGUGCAUCUGCCACUUGUCUCCCUACGGAAACAUUUAUGGGCCCUACUGCCAAUGUGAUGACUUCUCCUGCGUGAGACACAAAGGGCUGCUCUGCGGAGAUAACGGCGACUGUGACUGCGGCGAGUGCGUGUGCAGGACGGGCUGGGCGGGCGAAUACUGUAACUGCACCACCAGCACCGACGCCUGCGUCUCGGAGGACGGGGUGCUCUGCAGCGGGCGAGGGGACUGCAUCUGUGGCAAGUGUGUUUGCACGAACCCGGGGGCCUCUGGACCCACCUGUGAACGUUGUCCUACCUGUGGCGAUCCCUGUAACUCCAAACGGAGCUGCAUUGAAUGUCACCUGUCUGCCGAUGGCCAGGCCCGAGAAGAAUGUGCUGACAAAUGCAAACUAGUUGGUGCGACCAUCAAUGAAGCAGAAGAUUUUUCAAAGGAUAGUUCUGUUCCCUGUUCUCUGCAAGGAGAAAAUGAAUGUCUUAUUACAUUCCUAAUAACUACAGACAAUGAAGGGAAAACCAUCAUUCACAGCAUCAAUGAGAAAGACUGUCCAAAGCCCCCAAACAUUCCCAUGAUCAUGUUGGGGGUUUCACUGGCUAUUCUUCUCAUUGGGGUUGUCCUCCUGUGCAUUUGGAAGCUGUUGGUGUCAUUUCAUGAUCGUAAAGAAGUUGCCAAAUUUGAAGCAGAGCGGUCAAAGGCCAAGUGGCAAACGGGAACCAAUCCACUGUAUAGAGGUUCGACCAGUACCUUCAAAAACGUAACCUAUAAACACAGGGAGAAACAAAAGAUGGAUCUUUCCGCAGAUGGAUAGAACUACUUCAUGCA